AUGGCUAGCCAGAAAGGGACGCUUUACUCGUCAAGCGUGGAUGUCAAAGGAAAUGGGUUCCUUGAGCGUAAGAAAGGGAGCACAGAAGCAGCAAACCCAAGUUUUGCUGACCUUCCAUUGUGCCUCCUAGAAGUAAUAAUAUCUCAACUUGACUUGAAAGAUAACAUACGCGCCUCUGCUGCCUGCAAAACAUGGCGCGAAGCCGGUCUAUAUGUCCGGUUGGUAGACAAGCCUCCUUGGCUUAUGUACUUACCUAAACGUGGCAACUCGUUUGAAAUGUACGACCCAUUGCAAAAGAAGAUGUACACACUGAAUCUACCUGAGCUAUCUAAAUCCAUAGUGUGUUACUCAAGAGACGGAUGGUUACUUAUGCGCAAGACCGCUUCACACCAAAUGUUUUUCUUCAAUCCGUUUACCCGUAAGCUCAUAAACUUACCAAAGCUCGAGUUAUCAUAUGAUGCAAUUGCUUUCUCGUGUGCACCUACAUCAGGUACUUGUGUUGUGCUAGCAUUCAAGACUGUUGAGUAUGGUACCGUCACUAGACUCACUACAAGCACUUGCCAUCCCGAAGCAACCGAGUGGGUUACUGACGGUUUAGUUUGUUAUCUUCGUUAUAGAAGUGAUUCACUUAACCACAGCAAUGUUGUCUAUGCAAACCGUCGCUUCUAUUGCCUAGACGAUGAUGGACGCUUAUAUUACUUUGAACCGUCUUCUCGAGAAUGGUCUUUCAGUUAUGUGUACUCGAAGCCGUGUCCUUAUAUCACUGCUAGAUAUGAGCGAAAGAAAAAAAGAGUUUUCUUGGCGGUGCGUAAAGGAGUGUUAUUUUCAAUAUAUACAUGCGGAGGUGAGAAACCUAUGGUGUAUAAGCUAGAUGAAUCUUCGGGCUGGGAGGAAAUCAAUAGUACUACGCUUGAUGGCUUGACAAUCUUUACGAGUCUUUACUCUUAUGAGAUGAGAGUUAAUCUCCCAUGGAUGAGGCAUAGUGUUUACUUCCCGAAGCUUCGUUUAAGCAACAAGUGUUGUGUAUCGUAUUCGUUUGAUGAAGAGAGGUACUUUCCACGUAAGCAGUGGCAAGAACAGGAGGAUUUAUGUCCUGUUGAGAAUCUUUGGAUUAGGCCACCUAAGAAAGCUAUUGACUACAUGUGA